CUUGAACAACCACCCGCCUAAUAGAUUAAACAUUAUAACUACCGAGAGUUAUCAAAUACGUUGAAAUGUAGAAAAAUUAUAAAGUACAUAACAGAAUGUGCUGCCAAACAUCAACAUGAUUCAAGGAAUCUUUUACGCGAGGUUCCUCCCUCAAGAAGGAACCAAGAUCGUAGCCCAAUCCCCACCAGGAUGUAUCGUCGCAACGACAUACACGCCGCAUCUCAAGCCGCCCCUGGUUGACUUCGACAUCAUCCAGGAGUACAUCAUCCCGCGCAAGGCCUUCUUCAACCGGUUCAUGACGGUGAACUCCCCGGACAACAAGUACAGCGUCCUGCUGUUCCCCGUCUCCAUCCCGAGCGAGAUCUACCACCGCAACGAGUUCAUCUUCAACUUCGGACUCGUCGUCGAAUCCGACGUCGACCACAUCCCCUACGAGAAGCUCGUCCGCCGCCUGGCCGUCACCUUCGCCGAGAUGGAGCGCCAGCACGGGUACCUGAGCUCGGACGGGCGGGCGGGGGACGGCAUCCACGAUGACGGCGGUCGGCGGCCGAUCGAGAGCCUGCUGGAGAUCGUGAAGGAGGACCUGAACAACUACGGGGAGUGCAUGAUCCCGGUGGACGACGCUAACACGCUCAACAUGAAGCUGUUCCCGUACCACCCGCCGCCUCCCCCGGUGCGGGGGUGGCACGUGCCCGUGCCGAAGAUGAAGCUCGCGGACAUCGUGGACCCGACGUGGGACCUGACGCUGCAGAAGAUCAUCCCGCACCUCGACGGCGUCAACGACGUCCGCCGCAUCGCCUGGCUCGCCGACGUCUCCCUGCCCCUCACCCAGAUCGCCCUCCAGCACCUGCUGUACUACGACACCAUCCUGCUCCUCGACAUGUUCUUCUUCGGCAGCUGCUACGCGCCCCGGCCCGGCAUCCACGACUUCGUCGUCAACCGCGACGGCAUCGUCGACGAGUGCGCCGGGUACGUGUGUCUUAGCAAUCCCCUUACCGGUGCCGGCGGUAAUACUACUAAUACUACUACUACUACUACUGCUGCUGCUGCUGCUGCUGCUAGCGGUAGUAGUGUUAAUAAUGCGUCGACCACUAUUAAUACUAAUACCACUACUUCUACUGCCGGCACGACCGAGGACGGGCACGACGCCGCCGCAACAGCAGCAGAUGCCGAAGCAGAACGGCAACGCCAGCAGCAGCAACACCCAGCGGUAUCGCACUACCAGCUAGUCAAGCUGAUGACGACGUUCUGCACGGGGCGCAGCGUGAUGGAGUGGAUCAAGCUGCACCAGGACGCGGGGUUCGACGUGCUGCGGCACGUGGACGUGCGGCGGCUGGUGCAGUUCGGCGUGAUCAAGGGGCUGCUGUACCGCGUGCACAAGUACGUGGUGUCGAAGCAGGUGCUCGAGAGCCUGGCGACGGGCCGCCGCGUGCUGCCGCCCAGGAGGAGCAGCAGCAGCGGGGACGGCGACGAAGAAGACGCGCUGCUGCGGUACGCCGACGGGUGCCAUACCUUCGACCAGAUCGUCACCGAGCAGAACAUGACCGACGGCGAGAUCAUGAAGAAGCUACGGAGCCUGGGGCCCGGCGAUCGGACUGUGUUUUAUCGGUGAUGGGGGGGAUGUUGCGAUGAUUGGGUAAAGGGGCGGUCGGUUAUGAAGGGAUGGUUGGACGAUUGGAUUAAAGACGGUGCCUAACAAAAAGCCAUAUUAUAAAUUAACCCAUAGGGCGGGGCUCCAGGGCCUUCUCUCUCUCGGUCUCAUGCCCGCUCGUUUUCAACAGCAACUAACAGCCACGCCUAUAUUCACCGUGUGAGGAGACGGAAGACUACCAGCACAAUUUGUAUAGACUAUAAUUAGGUUGGACUGCUGAUAUAGACCACGUUUAUGUGCCAUUAUAUAUAGAUAUGCUCGAACACGGUCUAUUCCGCCUUAAACAGUGUGGAAUCAUGUCACGUCGAGCUACUACCCUUUACCAUGCCUCCCUACGUCCGAGCAUCCCCUCUAGGCGAUCACGGUGAUUACGGAUGACGAAC